CCCAAUCCAAACAAUUCAAACACUCUUGCAAGGUUCUAGUCAAUUGAUCUCUUGGGAAACAUCUGGCGAGUUUCAACACACCUUGACUACCACACUUCAACUGCGAAACCGACCAACCUUCGAAAUCAUCAGCUGCGGAUCGGGAUCAGCGGUUCAAUCAACACCUCUAUGGUAACGGCUCUACAAUCGACCCAUCCUCAAGAUGAAGGCGACUCCGUUGAUCAUAAACUGGCACCACGACAAUAGCAAUCCGUACCCGAUCUAUUCUGCCCACUUUGAACCCAGCGGCAAAGGCCGCUUAGCGACGGGCGCCGGCGACAACAAUGUUCGACUGUGGAAGGUGGAAGACGACGCCGACGGCCAGAAGGUCGACUACCUCGCGACACUCUCGAAACACACUCAGGCAGUAAACGUCGUCCGCUGGGCCCCCAAGGGAGAACUACUCGCAUCUGCUGGCGACGAUGGAAACGUUAUCCUAUGGGUACGGUCGGAAACUCACCACCCAACAUUUGGCUCCGAAGGCCUCGACGACAAAGAGACGUGGCGGACAAAGCACAUGUGCCGGUCGUUGGGGACCGAGAUCUACGACCUAGCAUGGUCGCCGGAUGCCCAGUUCUUCAUCAUCGGAAGCAUGGAUAACGUGGCGCGGAUAUACAAUGCUGGGACAGGAACUUUGGUGCGGCAAAUCGCCGAACACAGCCACUAUGUCCAGGGCGUGGCUUGGGACCCAUUGAACGAGUAUAUUGCGACACAGUCUUCAGACCGUUCGGUGCACAUUUAUUCUCUAAGGACCAAGGACGGCCAGUACACGCUCCACAGCCACGAUGACAAGCCCUCGAAGCUCGCCAGCCAUGCCAAGACAGACCUUCCGCCUCGUCGAAUAUCCUCCAGCAGCCCAGCACCGCCCGAGAUAGGAUACCGAUCGGUUCUCGCGGCGGUCGACGCUGUGCCUGGCGUCUCUGUUGGUUCGCCUGCUCCCUCGGCCCCGGGGACCCCACCAUCGGUUGCGCUGCCGAUGAAUCCACCCAACGUCAUCACCCACAGUCGCAAGUCGUCUUUUUCGUCGUCGAGGCGCUCAGUAUCGCCUGCCCCAUCAAUGCCGCUGCCCGCUAUCAUGCCCAUUGAGGCAUCUCCAAAGCCUCAUCUCAACAACACAAGCCUCGGCAUGAGAAACGCCAGCCUCUACGCGAACGAGACGCUGACGUCUUUUUUUCGGAGGCUGACAUUUACCCCCGACGGAAGUCUCCUUCUCACCCCUGCUGGGCAAUACCAGACCCAGCAUCAAGUAGAGGGGUCAAAGCCCACAUACGAGGUCAUCAACACGGUUUACAUAUAUACGCGCGGCGGCAUUAACAAGCCACCGAUCGCGCAUUUGCCCGGCCAUAAGAAGCCGUCGGUUGCUGUGCGGUGCUCUCCGGUAGUAUACACCCUGAGACAAUCUGCGCCCGUCACCAAGCACAUCACUAUCGACACCUCUUCUGCCGAGGAACCACUUCCGCCUCUUCCAGAGCCUCUCUCCAAGCCGUCGCCGGCCGCAUCGGUUAUGGAACCCCCGCCGCCGCCGGUCGUGGCAGAGCCCUCUGCGUCUAUAUCUAAGACGCUGAAUUUGGAAACAGGCGUACAAGGUCAGGGGCCAAAGUCCGUGUUCGCUUUGCCGUAUCGGAUGGUGUACGCUGUGGCGACCCAAGAUUCAGUGCUGCUCUAUGACACGCAGCAACACACCCCCAUCUGCAUCGUGAGCAAUCUUCAUUGCGCCACCUUCACAGAUUUGACUUGGUCGAGUGACGGCUUGACAUUACUGAUCUCAUCCUCGGACGGGUUCUGUUCCAUACUAUCUUUCGCGCCUGGCGAGCUUGGCACCGUCUAUACGGGAGAACUAGGGCCGCCAAAACCCCCUGUGCCUUCUUCGUCCAGCCAGAAUACCCCAGUGCCGACUCCAACUUUGGUGUUUGCGCCGCCGUCUCCGUUCCCAAAUGGCUCGCACCACAGACACCGGGAUUCGGCUAGCUCCCUCACGGCCCCGUCCCCGCCGAUGGUAACGGCAUCCUUUGUCAACCCUCGAGCGGCGUCCCCGGCACGGUCCAUGUCGAACGCUUCGACCAUCACCCAGUCUUCGGCCUCGCAAACGGGCGUGCUUAGCAAUCCGCCCCUGAUAGCUGGGCAGGUUCCCAGCAUCGCAGCGACUAACUCCAGUAAGGUCGUGGGCGUGCCGAUCACGACGCCGCCCGAGACGCCGCGGGCAUCGUUCGCCGCCCCAUCGGGCACCAAGAGGGAGACGACUGACGGCGGGGCGGAUGAUUCAGCGAGUAGUCACCAAAACGCCAAGCGAAGACGGAUUGCGCCGACGCUGGUCAGUGGGGGGCCGCAGUCAAGCAGCAACAGCGAUGAUCCAAGGCGUGAGCCCGUCUAGGGAGUGUUUGCUACGAUAACGUGGACAUGUAAAUUACAAAGGAAAGGAAGGCGUUACGGUUCAGAUCGGGGGAAAAAUGCCAGCAGGGAUGGGGGGUGAUUUGUGCUGCAUAAUCCUCUCGGCCAAGUCACUCAUUAUG